CCAUUUUCACGUAAUCGCACAUGGUGUUACACCAGCGGGUAACCGAUAGCCUUCUAGAAAUCUAGAUUUACACCGAUUUAGCGUAGACCGACUCACUUCCAAGCCUGUUAAAUGCAUGACACGGAGGAUAUGCCGGCUGAUGUCGAUUUCGACGAGGACGAACCGUCGUUCAGUGACCCAGAAGACUUCGAAGAUGAUGUCGACGAUGAGGAGUUGCUGGGUGACCUGCUGCGGGAGAAGCCCCAGGAGGCAGACGGGAUAGACUCUGUGGUUGUCGUGGACAACGUGCCCCAGGUCGGCCCCGAGCGCCUGGAGAAGCUGAAGAACGUCAUCCAUAAGAUAUUCUCCAAGUUCGGCAAGAUCACCAACGAGUUCUACCCGACGGUAGACGGACCUGAAGGACUCACUAAGGGGUACAUCUUCCUGGAGUAUGGAGCUCCCACUCAGGCUCUGGAGGCAGUGAAGAACGCUGACGGCUACAAACUGGACAAGCAGCACACCUUUAGAGUCAAUGUGUUCACAGACUUCGACAAGUACAUGAGCAUCAGUGACGAGUGGGAGUCUCCUGAGAAGCAGCCCUUCAAGGACUUUGGUAACAUGCGUCACUGGAUGGAGGACCCUGACUGUCGUGACCAGUACAGCGUCAUCUACGAAUCAGGAGAGAGGACCGCCAUCUUCAACAAUGACGCCAAGGAUCCAGUCGUCUCCGAGGAGAGGGCGCGCUGGACAGAGACCUAUGUGCGCUGGUCUCCCAAGGGAACUUACCUGGCCACGUUCCACCAGCGAGGCAUUGCAUUGUGGGGCGGAGAGAAGUUCAAGCAGAUCCAACGUUUCAGCCACCAGGGAGUGUCUCUGAUCGACUUCUCCCCCUGCGAGAGGUACGUGGUGACGUUCAGUCCCCUGAUGGACACUAAGGAGGACCCCCAGGCCAUCAUCAUCUGGGACAUUCUGACUGGCCAGAAGAAGAGAGGCUUCCACUGUGAGAGCUCCGCCCACUGGCCCAUCUUCAAGUGGAGUCACGAUGGGAAGUUCUUUGCCAGGAUGACCCAGGACACACUGAGCAUCUACGAGACCCCAUCCAUGGGCCUGUUGGAUAAGAAGAGUCUGAAGAUCAGUGGAAUCAAGGACUUCUCCUGGUCCCCUGGUGAUAACAUCAUAGCGUUCUGGGUACCCGAGGACAAAGACAUCCCGGCCAGAGUGACUCUGAUGCAGCUUCCCUCCAGACAGGAGAUCAGAGUCAGGAACCUCUUCAAUGUGGUCGACUGUAAACUGCACUGGCAGAGACAGGGAGACUACCUCUGUGUCAAGGUGGACCGGACACCUAAAGGAACGCAGGGUGUGGUGACCAACUUUGAGAUCUUCAGGAUGAGAGAGAAGCAGGUUCCUGUUGACGUGGUGGAGAUGAAGGGAGACCCGGAAUCUAAAACUGCUGAGAGCAUCAUAGCGUUUGCGUGGGAGCCUAACGGCAGUAAGUUUGCCGUCCUGCACGGUGAAUCUCCCAGAAUCAACGCCUCGUUCUACCACGUCAAGAACAACGGGAAGAUAGAACUCAUCAAGAUGUUUGACAAGCAGCAGGCCAACAGCAUCUUCUGGAGUCCUCAGGGGCAGUUCAUGGUGCUGGCUGGACUCAGGAGUAUGAACGGGGCCCUGGCGUUUGUGGAUACCUCUGACUGCACCAUGAUGAACAUGGUUGAACACUACAUGGCUUCUGAUGUAGAGUGGGACCCUACAGGACGAUACCUGGUGACCUCUGUGUCCUGGUGGAGUCACAAGGUGGACAAUGCCUACUGGCUGUGGACCUUCCAGGGUCGUCUCCUCCAGAAGAAUAACAAGGACCGCUUUUGUCAGCUACUCUGGAGACCUCGUCCUGCUACCCUGCUGACACAAGACGUCAUCAAGGUGAUCAAGAAGGACCUGAAGAAGUACUCUAAGAUCUUUGAGCAGAAGGAUCGUCUGAGCCAGUCGAAGGCCUCCAAGGAGCUGGUGGACAAGAGGAGGAGCAUGAUGGAGGACUACCGUACCUACCGGGAGGCUGCCCUGCUACAACACGACGACCAGAAAACCGCCCGCCUGCAGCUCCGAGGAGGAGUGGACACUGAUGAGCUGGACAGUAACACAGAUGACUGGGAGGAGGAGACCAUCGAGUUUUUUAUCAACGAAGAAUUCAUUCCCCUCGGAGAGUAAUCCCCUACGCAGGUCCGUUUUUGCGUGGGGACUAGAGGGGGGCGUUGCCUUGUCGACUGGAGGAGGGAAAACUACGCUGAGAAUCUUGGGAGUCGCCAGAGUUCCACCAUUCUCUCUUUGUGACAUCAUCAAAGCGUGCCUUGUGGUAUAGCGACUACAGCAAGCUAGCAACUGAGGGAGGAGGGAGGGAGGAAACCAACUUUUAAACUCUUUUUAUUUUUUAACAGCUUGGUCUUUUUCUGCCACUUUUUGAAAUAGAACAGUAUUCUGUCGUUUUUUUUUUUCCUUUCUCAUAAUCUUAUCCUCGCUCGCUCACUUUCUAUCCUUCUUAUCUUGACUACACCCCCUUGCCGUCUUAACCGUCGUUACCGCGGCAACGGUCGCACCUUGCCAUACAGAGACGGAGACCGUUACACCACCACCGGGAGGGAUGAGAACGGAGUGUGUGACGUGUCAGUGUGUGUGUGAGGCUAGAGAGUGUGUUCUCCUGAUGACCAAACGUUCAAGGCUGUGUUGUAGUGCUGUGUUGAAGUGGCGGUAUCCUCCUCCGUUUAGACUACCUGACGUUGUCGUUGUUGUUAUCAUACUAGACCACAACUAUCACCUGAUCUUCAACGUCAAUAAAGAGAAACGUCGUACAAAUCCUU